AUGUCAACGGAGCCACCGAGAUGGAAGAGAGAGCUCACAGCAACACCAAGAGAGGACAACCGACGUUCUUUGUCUCUUCCCUCCAAUGUCGCGAAUUCAACCUCGCAUGUAGCCUUGGUCGAUCCACGCCUCUGCUUCUCAAUAUCAAACCUCGCCAACGCUCCAAAGUGGCCUCCUGACCCCUAUACCAGCACAAGCGGUCGACCUGACGGCAUUACUUCAAGCGGUACGUCCUCAAUAUCGCCCUGGAAUUCUUUUGCUUACUUUUAUCCUUCAUUGUCGUCAGGAAACGAAUUUUCUCUCAUAGGAACUCAGUUUAAUGGAAAGCCUCAACAAUGUCGGGAAAGUAAUCUCGUAGAAAGCAAGGCGCCGCUGCGUGUGACGGCAAUGCUUUCCGCCCUGGAUACAUCUUCCUCGCCAGGUUGGAAACAGAGCCCUGACUCAAUCCAAGAGAGCGAAGUUCUCCAUUGGAACCCGUUAGACCAGUAUGAAUACCCUUUGUCGGAAUUUGGGAGCCGUAUAGCUACACCCUCUAGCAAUAUUUCGCCAGAGAUCAAUCAUUGUUCAACGGCAUCCAGCCCGGGUCUUGAAGGUAAUUUCAUCAAUGCUGCGGAUGGCGUGGAACACCGGAGACGGCUACAAAUUUCCUCAAGCUCCAAGCGUACUAUGGAUACCCCGGUCCUUAUCGACGAAGGCUCAAUUAAGCGGCCACGAUGUUCUGUUCAACUACCAGACUCUGCUAUGCGCUCGGAUGAAAGCUCCGACGACGAAAAUGCCGCGGUGAAGAGAGACAAGCUUUUGGCAUGCCCCUUCUUCAGAUACAACGCCGGACGCCACACGAGCUGCCUCAAUCUCAAAAUGCGUCGGAUCCGGGAUGUCAAGCAACACCUCAAGAGGCGACACUCUGAACCGCAGUACUACUGCACAACCUGCUACAGGAUAUUCACAACCGAAUCGAAGCGGUCCCAGCAUGUGCGGGAUAAGUCGCUCGUACCCUGCUUUCCGACAGAUGGACGGCCUGAUUUUGUAACUGCUCACGAGAGGCAGCUUCUCUGCGCCAAAGCCAGCAGAAACGCCACAUUGGAGGAUCAGUGGUAUAGCGUUUGGGAUAAGAUCUUCAUAGGCAAGCCGAGACCUCCUCACCCAUUCAUGCGUACAGUUGUGGAAGAGGUCACCUCGAUGAUGCGGGAGUUCUGGCAGAAUGAAGGAGAGCAGAUUGUUAGGAAGUUUACGGGACCGCUGCAAAUGCAGGAUGGGGACGAGGCCAGGCUGAAGAAUGUCAUGUUGAACAUGAUGGAAGAAUCCCACAACGUCUUUGGAACCCGGUUUCGGUCCUCGACACCGGUGGAAGGGUCCGUUGCAGCUCCAGACAACGAGCAGCUUCCAAAUCCCCACCAUCAUUCAUCGGGGCUCCCACAUGGCGAAGACAACAAUGACGAGGUCGUCUCAGCAACUAGUCUUGAGCAGAUGGACCUGAAUGGUCUCCUACAUCAACCAUGCUCCCGUCCGGUUUCUGACUUCAAUGAAAAUCAAGUCUGGGAAGGGAUUCCUGCAGGAUUUGACGCGACGGUCGACAUCGGUCCCAAUCUCAACGAUGCCGGUUGUACAGACCUGUACAAGGGGGCAGAAAAUGCAAUAAUCGACGCGAUGGAGAAGUACGGAUGGUCCUCUAUCGACUACAGCAACCAAGGCUUAUUUCAAUGCCCAUACUUGAUUGAGAACGGUAUUCAAGAGGUCCAAAUGGACUCACUGCCAAUCUGA